ACCGCUGUAUAUGUACCCUAUUGAGCAACAGACAGCAUUUAUACAUUCCAUUUGUAUACUCGUUAUUACACAGUAACGGACUGUUACAUAUUUAAAAACAUCCGAAAAAAAGACAUGAACUGGGAAUUAAGGAUGAUUUUAGUCACUCUUUUGGUUGCCGCCGCAUCGGCCGCACCGAUCAACCCGGCCGUCCCGUGUGCCCAUGGAGUCGCUGCCGUGGCCUACGCCGCUGCCCCAGUCCCUUACCCGGCUGCCCUGACCUACGCCGUCCCUGAGCCCGUCCAAGUUGCCGUUCAACCCGAGAUCACUUACGAUUUCCCCGCUCUAAUAGCAAAACCAGCCCCAACACCAGUUAAAGUAGAAUACGACAUUUUAGGACCGAUUGCUGCCCCAGCACCAGCCCCAGUCAUACGGGUUGCUGCUCCAGUCAAGGUCGAGUACAUCAUCCUUCCACGCAUCUCUGCUCCAGCUCCGGCACCAGUUGUUGUUGCUGCCCCAGCACCAAUCAGUGUUGUCCCCCAGGCCUUCGAGACCAGGGUCCACUACGCCGAGACUCCCGUCGUCGUCGGACACACUUCAACCAUCAUGAAGCCCAACUUGGGCGCCGGUGCUCACGUCACCAACUUCGACUUCAUGGGAUUGGCCCAGACCAAAACCGUCGGACAGGAAUCCUUCGUCCAAAAGUCCAAAGUUUUGGCUCCCGCCCGCAGCGUCUCCGAAAUCACGCCCCAGGUGACCGUCCAACACCCGACCAAAGUCAACGUUGAAAAGUUCGCCGUUGAGGUGCCCGUCGCCGCUCCUUACGCCCAGCCCGUUCCAGUUGCUCCCCAAUACGAAAUCCACCAGUAACACGCAGCAGCUGCUGUCUAUAUUGCUGUCCAUUUCUACAAUUCAGCGUCUCAUACUACUGCGACUAUAAGACCCAAUUAAAAAAUCGACGAUUUGAUUACUUUUAAUAUAUCUUCGGCAUGGCUCAGAAGUGUUAAUAAACGCUUUGUUAAUCCCGGAAAUAUAUGAAACCUGAUCGUAAAGAUUUUUUUGUUCGUGUUAUGUACUUGAAUUUUGGCAGUAAAUAUAAUACCGGCAAGAAGUAA